UGUUGCCUUUGAGACUUGGAAGGAAAACAAAUUAAGUAUGAAGAAAAAGAAAUGGCUUCCUCCAUGGUCUCAAAAGCUAGUGUUGGCAGCAUCAACCGAGACACCACAGCUCAGGCUAGCAUGGUGGCACCAUUCACUGGCCUCAAGUCCACAUCAACUUUCCCAGUGACCCGCAAGACCAAAGCUGAUAUCACCUCUCUCGCCAGCAAUGGUGGCAGAGUAUGGCCACCCCUUGGAAAGAAGAAGUUGGAGACUCUCUCAUACCUCCCAGAUCUCACAAGGGAACAAUUGCUAAAGGAAGCAGAGUACCUUCUUCGCUCCAAAUGGAUUCCUUGUCUGGAAUUCCAGUUGGAGAGGAAGUCUUAUAUUUUCGAAGGCAAAAUCAUUGCUAUAGAAAGACAAGUGACUUUGAUUCAUAGUUUGGCCACUGCGAUAAAUAGCGAUUGUUUAAUUUCUCUUGGAAAUGAAAGAGUUGCUUCUAAUGAUCGUGAGGAGAUAGUAAUUGGCUGGGCUGCUCUUUCUUUAGGGUGGAUUGCUUUAAACACUGAUGGUGCUUAUCGAAAUUCUUUUGAGCAAGUUAACGGCUGA